AUGAGCUCGUCUCUCAUUCUUCGCUCUACGCUACCAAAGGCGCUUGUUAAGCGCUCGCUCAUACGCUCUUCUACUCAAAUUAGACAGGCAACCAGCGAUCGCUUUGCCUACGUCCCUGGUGGCCCAAUAUACAAAGGCACCGUGAAUGAUCCUACAACUUUCCCUCCUCCAUCCAAGACCCAUGGUUCGUAUCACUGGGCAUUUGAACGCCUUGUAUCCGCCGCCCUCGUUCCUAUGACUGUUGCCGCAUUUGCUACGAGUGGGACAAACUACCCUAUCUUCGAUGGUAUACUUGGUCUCAGCCUUAUAAUCCACAGUCAUAUCGGAUUCGAUUCUUCUGCUGUCGACUACUUACACCCUCGUAAAUUCUCUGUUCUUGGCCCGAUUGUAAAAUGGACUCUACGAGCGGCGACUGUUGGGACUAUGGUUGGGGUGUAUCAAUUCAACACGAAUGAUAUUGGUCUUACCGAACUCAUUGCUAAAGUGUGGGCUGCAUGA